GAGUGAAAAUCUCUCACUUUACUUUUUAUAUUAGCAAUUGAUGUUUGGUAUCAAGUUGAAAGAGAUCAAGUUAAUUUUGUUUGUUUGUUAUCGAAACAAUUGUUUCAUGUUAUCAUAUUAAAAUAUUAUUAAUAUCGCGAAUUUGAUGAUUAGUGGACUUGCAAUGGAUUAUAUUGAGUUUUUAUUCAUUUUUCAUUCACAAUCAACUAAUUGUGUUGAAAGAUAUGAUUUUGUGACACCAACAAGAUGAUUGUUAAUAUUGAUCAUCACCAAUCUCAUCAUCAUCAUCAUCAUUUUCAUAAUUUUCAUCACAAUGAAUGUGAUUAAUUUAUUGCGAUCAUCUCUAUUAUUAUUAGCAAUAAUAAUAUCAUCAUUGAUUAGUGAUGAUAAUUUGGUUAAUUGUGUUGAAAUUGGAAUUGUAAAUCUAAAAGAGUCAAUCAGUGAACUUGAAGAUUAUGUGAAAAAUUUGACUAUCCAAUUGCACCAAACUGAAUUACGAUUAUCUCGAGUAGAAGAUGAUUGUAAAUGUAUCAAUAGUAAUUAUAAGAGUGAGAAUCAAAUUAAACUCCAAUUAGAGGUGGAGAGAGAAAGAGAGAGAGAAGAGAGAAAAGGAGAGAGAAAAGAGAGAAAAGGAGAGAGAGAAGGAGAGAGAGAAAGAGAGAGAGAAAAUUGUUUAUUAUCAAAUGGAUCUAGUGUUGUACAUUCAUCUAAAUGGAUUAGCAAUUGUUCAAAUUGUUUCUGUGAUCAUGGAGUAAUUAAUUGUUCCCCAAUGAAAUGUGAUUCGCCGGUCAAUUGUAAGGCAAGUUCCUUGUAUUUCGCAUCAGCGACUGAUUGUUGUCCAAUUUGUCACAAAAAGUGUCUCAAAGAUGGAAAGUACAUUGAACAUAACGAUGUCUACGUGAAAGACUGUGUCAAGUGCGUUUGUUAUGAAGGGUCACUGCGGUGUAAGAGGUUGAAUCCAUUGAGUUAUUGUCCACGAUUAGAGUGUCCAGUUGAGAAGCAGUUCAAGGCUGAUGGUGAAUGUUGCAAGUAUUGUGUGGACACCGAUUUCUGUGGCAAUGGACACGAUUGUCAUUCUAAUGCGAAUUGUAUCAAUUUAAAGACUGGAUUCACCUGUAAAUGUGCCGAUGGGUAUUGGGGAGACGGACGAUUGUGUUCUGAUAUAAACGAAUGCAAUUCAUUGGGUGGAAUAGGAAAUCUAUGUAGAGAUAAUACUAAAUGUGUCAAUACAAAUGGUUCCUAUUAUUGUCAAUGUUUACCUGGAUUCCGACGACGAGAUUCACUUAAUUGUCUUGAUAUUGAUGAAUGUGCGACAAAUGAACACAAAUGCAAUGAAAAUAGUAAAUGUAUCAACACUCAUGGUAAUUAUUCGUGUUUAUGUUUACAUGGAUUCACUGGCGAUGGUUUUAAUUGUCAACCGAUCUGUAAUAAGAAAUGUGCCAAUGGUGGUAAAUGUAUUGGACCAGAUAAAUGUCUUUGUAAACGAGGAUUUCAUGGGAAAUAUUGUGAAAAAGAUAUCGAUGAAUGUUCAUUGAAUUUACAUGAAUGUCCAUCCAAUUCAAAGUGUAUCAAUAAACCGGGUUGGUAUUAUUGUCAAUGUUUAGAUGGUUAUACAAGUUACAUAGACAAAAGUGAUUCUAAUCAUGAUCAACUGAAAUGCGUUGAUUUAAAUGAAUGUAAUACAAGAGUAGAUACUUGUAAUGAGGAAAGAAUAUGUGUCAAUACUGAAGGUGGAUAUGAAUGUCAAUGUCCAUCUUCAUCUUCAUCAUCUCCAUCAUCUUCUUCCUCAUCACCUUCAUCUUCUUCAUCUUCUUCUCUGGACUCUUCAUGUUCAAGAGAUUGUGUUGUCAAUGGAUUAAGACGAUUACAUGGAUCUAAAUGGGAUUCAGAGUUUGAUUCUUGUUUCCAAUGUUCAUGUUCAUUUGGAGUAACUAAUUGUUCAAAAAGACAAUGUAAUUGUAAUUCAACAACAACAACAAAUGAUUCAAUUUUUCAAUGUUGUCCUGAGUGUAAAAAGUCAAUUGAUUGUGUUGAUCAAUUGGACGAAACAAUUAAAUAUAAAAAUGGACAAACUUGGUUAUCCAAAUGUAAAUCCUGUCAAUGUUUGUUUGGUGAAUCAAAAUGUCGCGAUAUUGAUUGUCCACCAAUAAAAUGCUCAAAUCCAAUUAAAUCUGCUGAUGAUUGUUGCCCUUAUUGUGGUGAUGAUCCUUGUGGUGAUUAUAUUGAUGGUUUAGAUAAUCACAAUUCAUUUGACAAUCUAAUCAAACCUGGAAUCUCAAUUAACUCAAGUCUAUCAUCUGGUUGUAUGUAUCUUGGUAAAUUAUAUGCAAAUGAUCAACAAAUUGUAAUUGGAAAAGAUCCUUGUGCUAAUUGUAAAUGUAAAAAUGGUCGCUUAUGCUGUACAUAUAAUACUAAUUGUUUUACUAAUUCAUCUUCAGUCAAUUUCAAUUCAAUUGACUUGAAUUAAAUAGCAAAGGAUAAGAAAUUAAUUUCUUAAUUACAUCGAUCAUUAUUGUUACUCUUCCCGUUAACAGUUGUCCAACUUAAUUGUUGACAAUUGUUUCCUUGAUUUGUCGCAUCAUCUGGCUGGAAACGAGGCCUAAGUAUCGUGUUAAUUAUUAACAAUCGACUUAUGAUCAUCAAUGAUUAUUUAUUGCUUGAGAAUCAAAAUUCAUUUAUUUGAUUAACAAUCAGAAUCAAAGUGAAUUCUGUUCAACCUCAACUUAAAGAUAAUUAAUAAAAUGUUUCACAAUUCUAAUACUUAAUUGUCACAAUUUACAUUCUCACCACAAACUAAAUUAACAGAAACUCAUCAAUUGUAAAUGUUUUUUUGUAUUUCUAAUCAACUUGUUAUUUUAUUGAUUUAAUAUUUAAUUGUAAUAAUAAUAUAAUAAAAUUCAAAUUGU